UCUGCCUUGUUAAUUAGAUUUCAUUGAUAAUUUUUACCUAAUAAAUCAACUUUCCUUUCAUUUACAAUUAUCACUAUUGCAAAAAAUAAUAAUUUGCGUACAUUACUUAUCGUGAUCAUACGAUCGACUUGUCUACCUAAUUUGUUAAAUUCUUGACCAAUCUACUUAUUUUUAACGGUGCUUAUUAUAAAUCAAGUUCAUUAGUGACAACAUUGGAUUUGUAUUAAAUGAGUUAAAUAUAUAUAUCUUAACUUUUGUCUUUAUAAGUGUUUUUUUUUAUAUAUAUAUUGUUCUCAACUGUGCCUAUUAUGACAACUAUGACAAAAAUAUUAGAUAUUAUUCGAAAAAGUCUGAAAUCGGAUGCAGUGCCAAGGCCACCUCGCCAAGACCCUAACCAAAAUACUGAAGUAAAUGAGGAAAGUCAACCCAGAAAUCAGAAUCAGGAACCAGGAUCACCAAAUCUUGAGCCUGAAGAAAUAUUAAUUGAAGACAAUGUUGAAGAAGAUCCUAAACUUAAUAAUUCAUUCUUCAAACAGAACAAAAAAAAGAAUGGGUUCAAUAAAUCAAAAACAAAAAAAAAUGAAUUUAACAUUCCAAACAAAGACUUCAUGAUAAACACACAAGCAACUGGACAUGUGGUGAAUAUAGUGAACAGUUCCCGUGUUCACUGGGGCAACACCUAUUCAUACAAUAUGGGACCAUCUAAUCAACAAAAGAAAAAUAUAGAUCCCCAUGAAGAAAAUAUUGAAAAGGACAAUCUAAUAACAUUGCUCAUGGAAGCUAAGGAAGAGGUUGAAUAUGAAUAUAUGGAUUUUGUAUCAAAAAAUUUGGGUAGAAACUGGCGUAAUUUAUUUGUAGCAAUGGGCUAUACAAGAGGCAGAAUUGAAACAUUUGAAAUUGAUGAAAGUAAAAAUGGCGUUGCAGAGGCUCGCUAUAAGUUACUGCUGGACUGGUCUCGAAACACUGAAGAUCCAUCACUAGGUCACUUGGCUAGAUUGUUAUGGGAGCAAGGCGAGAGGGAAGUAGUUAAAGCACUUUCAUUGUUAUACAAGAAGAACAAGAAAAACAAGAAGUAGAUACUUAACAAAUACAUAAAUAGUUUACAUGAUACAUUUUUGUUGGAUAAUUAAUUGUUUAUAUUCUCUAAAAUUUUUUACAUUUUUUUUUCUAAAAACAAUGCUGUGAAAGGUAUAAAAAUUUGUAAUUUUGUAAAAUAAUUUUAUAGUAUCUAUUUUUUAUUGUAAACAUUAAAAACGAGGCUAUAUAAAGAAAAAAACGGCCAAGUGCAAGUUGAUUUCGCGCAUCGAGGGUUUCAAUUAUAUAUGAAAAUAAAGGGUAAAAAUUAUAAUAAAAUAAAUUUUCAGCAUAAAUAUUAUUAGAAAUUAUAUAUAUUUUUUUGUACUUAAAAAAAAAAACUGCGAUUAGUUCAACAACUUGUUAGCUGAGGUAGGCGUAUCUCUAAAAGAGAUCUCUUUCAGCCAACCCAAUGCAGUGAGAGAGAAAAUAAUUAUGUAAUACAGAACACAUACAGAGUUAGAUAGAGUGUUGGGAACAUUAGGUGUCUGGGAAUCAGACCAGCUCCCCGAUACACUGGCUUACUGUGUAGAAAUGGAUCACCCAAAUAAUAUAUAUAUAUAUAUAUAUAUAUAUAUAUAUUAGGAAUUUAAUAAUAUAUUGGGGUAAGCUACUUAGUAGUGAAGGUCAUUCGAUUUUCCCACAUUUCGCCAAAGCCAUGAAUCCAUGUAUCCAACAUGGAGAAAAUUUAUACAAAUUACUACCAACUGAAAUUGUUAUGUGAUAUUUAUCUGUGGUAGCGUUAUUUUGAUUAUUAAUAAAAUUAUUUAAUUGGAAUGGUCUCACAAAAAUUUGUAAUAUAAGGACUUGUUAUUUUUUAUGAAGAUAAUAGUAUUGUAACAAAUUGAAAAAAUAUUUAGGUAUUUUUAGAUUAUAAGUGUAUUAUUGUGAUUAUAAGCCAAAAUAAGUACCAUAUGCGCUUCUGUCUACCAACACGAUAAAUAUAACGAUUCAUGUUAUACAAAAAUUUGUACAAAAGUCGAUUGCUUGGGUACCUCUGUCCCAUUCGUGUUUCAACCGUGAAGCAGUUGUGUUUGCAUGGCUGUGUUUCGGUUUAAAGGGUGGGACAUGGCGUGAAUUUACUGGGUACAGAGGAAUAACACCUGUGUCCUCAGUAAUGGCAACGCAUGGGGGGUAUCAUGGGCGAAACAGUAUACUUUGUUAUGUCCAUGGUACUGCUCAUAUCUAUAGGCGACGGUUACCAUUUUCCAUCAGGUGGGGCGUCAGCUUGUUUGCCAUUCUAAGUUGUAUAAAUAAAAAUAUAUAGAUCGUUACCAUAAUCGCCUCGUGCUUGUAGGGCUUAAUCUUAUCUUUUAUUAAAAUGUGCAAAGAAAUGUAAUUAAAAUCUAACUUUGUGUUCAGUAUAGUCACUGUAUUACUGUGAGGAUACAUUUAGUAAUACAAAUACUAUAUAUAUAUAUAUAUAUAUAUAUAUAUAUACACAUUCAUUCCUUAUUUAGCUUGUAUAAAGACAUAUUUUUUUGUAAUAUUAUAGUUAUACUUUUAUUAUACUGUACUUUUUAAAUUAAGGUAUGUAUGUUACUGUCAUUUUACGCACAUGUUACAAUUGCAGAGCAAACAUAUAUAUUGUUUUAGCUUAAUAAGUAUAGUCAUAGAACGGUUAAGACUGCUAUGUUGCUGAUACACAGCACCUGGUGUGUGGGAAUAAUUAGGUUAAAAUCCGGCUGUUGAUUUCUUUAGAACUUUAUAAUGAAAUUUUAAUUAAAUGAAAGAUGAGCGAAUAUAUAAUAUAAUGUACUCGGCUUAACUUUUCUUCGUUUGCCACAAGCUAGAGUAUAUUUGCAACAUCGAUGCGUUCAAAAUAAAUUGUAGGAAAAACUUGUUAAUUAUUUAUGUUAAAUUCUAAAUUGUUGUUCAUAAUUCAAUCGACACCGGAAAAAAUACUUUGUACGUGAAUGUACUUAAUAAUUAAGUAAACCUUUCAGAACUUUGUCACAAUAGUUCUAAACUAAUAAAUGUUUUGUAAGACAAGGUAGAAAGUCGCUUAUACAUAGUUUAUGUAGAGUAAUAUUUUUUUACCCAUAAUUUGAUGUAUUUACCUACUUAAUAUAAUGGAGUUAUUGUACCUAUAUACCUACUUAAUACGAUGAAAUUAUUUUUAUAUACGGAAUUCGUAAUAUACAUACCUAUUUUAUACAGAAA